UCUCCUCGCUUUCACGCCUGCGCCCAGAGUUACAAGAUGGCGGAGAGUGCGGAACUGAAGCAAAUGGUGAUGAGCCUUCGUGUUUCAGAGCUGCAAGUGUUACUAGGCUACGCAGGACGCAACAAGCACGGCCGCAAACACGAACUGUUGACCAAAGCCUUGCACCUCCUUAAGGCCGGCUGCAGCCCCGCUGUCCAGAUGAAGGUGAAAGAGCUCUACAGACGCCGUUUCCCCACAAAGAUGGUGUCUCCGGUGGACCUAGCCCUGCCCAGUGUCCACUCCACCCUGUCUGGAGGCCUCACCUCGCUUGGGUUUGACAGCCACGGGUCUCCCUCGCCCCUCUCUCUGCUUGGGCCCAAACACGAGCUGGGCCUGCCCCACCUGCCCUCCUCCCUUCACCCCGUACACCCUGACGUCAAGCUGCAGAGACUGCCCUCCUCCCUGCACCCCUUACACCCUGACGUCAAGUUGCAGAGACUGCCCUUUUACGACAUGCUGGAUGAGCUCAUCAAACCCACCAGCCUGGCCUCAGACAACAGUCAGCGGUUUCAGGAGACGUGUUAUGCCUUUGCAUUGACACCUCAGCAGGUCCAGCAGAUCAGCAGCUCCAUGGACAUCUCUGGGACCAAGUGUGACUUUGCGGUCCAGGUUCAGUUAAGGUUUUGUUUAUCAGAGACGAGUUGUACCCAGGAGGAUCAUUUCCCGUCCAACCUGUGUGUUAAAGUCAACAGCAAGCCCUGCAACCUCCCGGGCUACCUUCCUCCAACCAAAAAUGGAGUGGAACCCAAACGGCCGAGUCGCCCCAUCAACAUCACGUCACUGGUCAGACUGUCCACCACAGUACCCAACACUAUCGUGGUGUCAUGGACCUCAGAGAUAGGCAGGAGUUUCUCCAUGGCAGUUUACCUGGUCAGACAGCAGACAUCCACAACCCUGCUACAGAGACUACGGGCCAAAGGGAUCCGCAACCCAGACCACUCCAGAGCUCUCAUCAAAGAGAAGUUAACAGCUGACCCCGACAGUGAGAUUGCGACCACCAGUCUACGAGUCUCUCUACUCUGUCCGCUGGGGAAGAUGCGUCUGAUGAUCCCGUGCAGAGCGUUGACCUGUUCCCACCUGCAGUGUUUCGAUGCGACGCUUUACAUCCAGAUGAAUGAGAAGAAACCCACCUGGGUUUGUCCUGUGUGUGAUCAGAAGGCCCCCUACCAACACCUCAUCAUCGACGGGUUGUUCAUGGAGAUCCUAAACAGCUGUGAGGACUGUGAUGAGAUCCAGUUUAAAGAGGACGGGAACUGGUAUCCCAUGAGAUCGAAGAAAGAGGUCACAGAGGUGUCUGCUUCAUUCAACGGGGAGGACGACUCGUGUCGGACAGUAGAAUCAGAGCACCACAGGAACAGCUCAUCCCACAGCAGUACCAAUAAGGUGGUGGUGAUUGAUCUGACUCUAGACAGCUCUUCAGACGACGAUCUGGACGAUGAGCCUCCUCUCAAGAGGGCCUGUCCCUCCUCCUCGCUGUCCCCUGCCUCGCCGCCUGCCAGCAAGGGAGUGUUGAACCUCCACAGCCAGGCGUCUCCGGUGGCCAGAGCUCCCAGCAUGCCUCCUGUUGAGACCAGCUAUAUCCCUCCUCCUCCCCCCCUCAUACAGGACUACAGCCACUACUACCACACCCCCAACGACCUGGACCUCAACUUCUUCUCAUUCCUCCAGGGAGACAACCAUCAGCAUUACAACAUGGUGAUGGCUGCAGCAGCGGCGGCCUCGGCCUCAGAAGACCAUGACCUUCUCCUCAACCGCUUCCUGCCGUAUAGCUCCUCCCAGAUGUUCCUGGACCAACCAGGGACCCCCGGGGGCGGGAGCAGCGCCCUGCCAGCAGCCAAUGGGGGCAGCAACAGCGGGAGCAGCUCCAGUCUUGUUUCAUCUAAUAGUUUAAGAGAGAGGGAUGGCGACAGGGAUGGCGAGAGGGACAGCCAGUCGAGCAGGUCUGAUGCAGCGGCAGCAGUCAUAUAUGGCUCCAUACCAGACGUGAUCUCGUUAGACUGAAGGGAGGCGGGGGAUCGUUCACACAGAACGGAAAAACAACUUGAGGGAGAAAAUAGAAACGGAAGGGGACGAAUAAAGGAAAAAUAAAAAGUAGGAGAAAACAAUGCUAUGUACAGAGAGGAAAAAUAUAUAUUUUCAAUUUGACUUAUUAUAUAUAAGCUCCCGACGAUGAUGAUGAUGAUGAUGAGUAACUUCAGGUGAUAUUUUUCUGUGGAUACUGAAGAUUUUUCCCCCCAGCCUCUUCCUUCACGUGCCCCCUGACCUUUUGUACUUCGUUUCUACUGUUGUAUUUCAAUAUUACACGUCGACGGCAUUAUUUUUGUCUCAAAAACAUGUUUGGACUUGUGCUUCGGAGCGAGAAGAGGAAUCUGUCCGUUUGUUUCCUCAUCACUGUAGAUUUAUUUUUCCUUUUUUUUUUUUUUUUCGUUAAUUUCUUACUGUGGUCAAUAAUAUUGUAUUUAAUUAUUUUCAAGGUAUUAUUUAUUAAUAUGCUUUCAAGUUCUGUUGGAUCUGUGUGCUGUGUAAAAAGCAUUCCCUAUGCUCCAUGUUGUCGUUGCCACUAGGAUCACACAGGCUAGCCUGGGUACCAUUCUGUCUGCUGUCAUUCCACUCCUCGUCAUGCGUAACAAGGAGUGGAAUGGUAGCACAAGACAGACUGGUACCCAGGCUGGUUAUACAUCCACUACUGUGGUUUCUCUGGUUAGUGUGCUCCUCUCUCAUCUCUUUAAGUUAGCUGAGGAAACUGUUUUCACAUUAAAGAAAUAUUAGGAAAAUAGUAUUGAAAUUGGCAUCAUAGUUACACACAGCAAAUUUACAUUAUGUGGGGGGGGGGGGCAAAAUGGUUUCAAUCCAGUGUAUUACUAUGGUACCUUAUUAAAUGUAAGCACUAUUUUCACGCAGGGGGUAUCUUUUGACUCACUUUUUCACCAGGUCAUCUAAGGAAAACAAAAACCCAAGUAUAUUGAAGUUGUUUUGGAACAGAGAACAAACUGCAUGGCUUUUCACGCCUGCUAUCUCAGUCAGUCUCUCCUCUGUCUCCUCUCACUCACCAGAGUCCAGUAGCUCUAUAACCUGUGUCCUUGUGGUCUGAUUCAGAGCUGUCAGUGUGACUGUGCUAGAAUUCCUAUUGAAUGCCUGACAGACGGUCUGUGACAGCAGCGUCACGUGCCGCAUCCACACUAAAGGGCCGACCUGGACGGUACUGUGAUGGCUGGUCUGUGACAGCAGCGUCACGUGCCGCAGCCACACUAAAGGGCCGACCUGAACGGUACUGUGAUGGCUGGUCUGUGACAGCAGCAUCACGUGCCGCAUCCACACUAAAGGGCCGACCUGGACGGUACUGUGAUGGCUGGUCUGUGACAGCAGCGUCACGUGCCGCAUCCACACUAAAGGGCCGACCUGGACGGUACUGUGAUGGCUGGUCUGUGACAGCAGCGUCACGUGCCGCAGCCACACUAAAGGGCCGACCUGGACGGUACUGUGAUGGCUUGGGGAUUUUCUUUGGCUCUUUCCAGGAUUUUUUCCCCAGCAACUUUUGUGGAUAUGGAACCAGCCCAGUACAGCUUGGCUCAGUUAGGCCCUAUAGUGUGGAAUGGGCCAUAGUGGUUUUGAUACCAUUAUUCUGUCCUUUGUUCUGUUUCCUUCCUGUGUACACAGUUAGUAUUAUUUAUUAUUUCCUCUCUUAGUUUUGGUUGACUCAUGAAUAUGCAUUGCUAUUGUCCUAUGAUAUUUCUUUAGUAAUUCUAUGAUUCAUGAAUAUGCAUUGCUAUUGUCCUAUGAUAUUUCUUUAGUAAUUCUAUGAUUCAUGAAUAUGCAUUGCUAUUGUCCUAUGAUAUUUCUUUAGUAAUUCUAUGAUUCGUGCUAUUUAAGAGGUCAUUGUCGCUUGAUCUGCAUCGUUGUAACAAACCAAUUCUGUUUUAGUUUUUCUUCUUCUGUCUUGUUGUGCUAUUGAAUGACGUCAAUAUCACAACAGAGGUUUGGAGCAUUUUGAUGGUCUGUGGCCUCUACUGUGUCGUUUGAUAAUUGUAUGAAUUAAACAGAUAGAUACAGCAAGACGACAGACAAGUAAUGGUUUGCUCUGGCCUCUGCAAGAAAUAGAGCUAGUCAAUAAAUCACUGUGUAUGAGCGGUUGAA